CAGCGCACGCCGGGUGCUGGAGGGCGAGGAGGCGGCGAGCCCAACCAGCCGGGGGCGCUGCAGACCGUCGCUGGGCAGCCGGCAAGCCAGGCCCUGGUGGUACACGCUUCCUCGCACCUGCGCCCGACGCGGACGACUUCAGAGCCGAUGCCGGUGGAAACCGCGGCCUCGAGCUCGCAGGGGGCCAACGCCGGGGCCACGAGUGCUCCUCCUCCAGGCUAGAUGGCGGGGGCCGGAUCGGCCGCCCUGAACCUGGCGGUGCAGGACAUGCUGGACAAGUUCUUCGUCCACAACGUCACCCUCCAUAGGGCGAGGGAGGAGCUGCUGGUGAUGUGGACGUCCGUCCAGGACUGCCUCUCCGAUGAUGACUUCUCUGUCCACCUGCGCCCUGGCGGCGAGUUCCUGGUGCACUUGGCGAACCCUAGGGUUCGCGCCCGCGUGGCGGAGCGCCCUGUCCGUGCUCAUCGCUUCCGGCUUCUCUCCCAGCCCUGGGGCCGCUCCGCGGGCACCGAGCCGCUCUCCCUUCGCCUCCGCGUCGACAUUGAGAUCUCCGGGACACGUGUGUGGCAUGAACUCGUGGCAAGUCUAAACAUUUUUAUGGCAAGUUUAGUAACGUGGUGA